CAGCAAAAAAUAAAACGAAAUUGAUCGCUGGUGAUACUGAUUAUCUUCUCCCUCUCUCAGACAUCAUCUUUUAUCAGCUGUAACAGUAUUCAUUGGACCUAUUUUCCUAACACAUCACUUUUAAUCUCGAAGAAGCUUUUGCCUGUUUGGUCCAGUGGAGCUCUGUGCUGCUGCUGCGUAUCCUGCCAGUCCAGCGACCAAUGGCGCGCAAUGAUGUAAAAAAGCAGGAUCAAUCUGGCUCAGCCUCGUCUCGCUCCAACACCAAGCUAAAGGCGGCCAGUACGGAGCAGCUGCGAAUGGCGGAGAUGAUGGACGGUCCCAAAGUCGACCCUGACCGCCUUGCAGGCAUGGUACGCAAUGUCAUGGAAGUGACGAGUGCGUCCGAGGACAAGGUUGCGGCUGCUCUUCAUGACUGCGGCUAUGACGAGGGGGUUGCUAUCCAUUCGUUGCUCGAGGGCGGCAGCGAUGACAACGAGUGGACCAAUGUUACCAGUCGUAACAAAAAGACAUCGGCAGCCACCCCGGCAUCAUCGUUUGGCGCAUCUACAACAGCCUCUGCACCAGCAUUCUCCACAGAUAGUAAUAGUUCAUCUCGUGGUCGUGCUGGGCGUGGCAGAGCUUCUGAUUCAUCUGGCUUCGGUGCACCGGCUCACGGCUUCGGACCACGUGACGAUCACACGAAUCCACGUGGAGGUGGACGUUGGAAUCGUAGCAAUGGUCGUGGCGGUGGUGCCGGAGGUCGUGGUGGCAGACAACAGCAGACUCCAGCGAACCGAGGGAGACGUGCCCCAAUUGCUGAAGAAGGAUUUGAUGUCAAGAAUGAUGAUUCUGGCUGGCCUGCAGCGGGUAACAGCGAGGUCGACAAGCCGAUCGCAGCGUCUGGAGUGUGGGGUGCAGGUGGAUCUGCCCCGAGCUGGGGCGCCACUAUGAACAAGUCUGCGCCGGAAGCAGUGCCGAAGGGCCUGGACGACGAUCAGUCUGACCGCUGGAGCACGGACGUGAAUGCCACGCCAAGGUUCAACCGCACCGCCGACCCGCCGCCGGUCGUGGGCAAUUGGGCUGAUGCAACAGUGUCGCCGUCGGCCAAUGAAGGCUGGGGCAUGAGCACUGGCGCUAAGACCAGCACCGCGCAGUGGGGAGAUGACAUCAGUGCCUCGCCUGUUAAGCAAACACCUGCCACUUGGCCUAGCACUCAGCCAGAGUCGAAGGAAGAGUCAGAUGGCUGGCCAACUGACAGUGAGCCUGUAGCGUUGGUGUCCGACGCCGAUGUGUCCGCAAAGCCCAGCACUUGGCAGUCUGCCGAUGACUCCUCUCACCAGCUGCAGAUCGAAAGCUGGAGAGACAACGUUGAUGGGCACGCCAGUGAAUGGACCACUGGUGAUGUUAGUGCUGCCACCCCUACUGCUACUGCUACUGCUGUUGCCGUGCCGGCUGAUGGCAAUGUUGAUGCUGAUCAUGUGCAGGAUGCGAUGCUCGGCAUGACUACUGUUGAGUCCAGUGAACAGCUGGCUGCUGCGGAUGACAUUGUUCCGACUGGGCUCGUUGUUGAGUUGCCCAGCACUAGCCUGGAGUCCUACCACAUGACGUUUCCCGCAGGCAUGCCCGAAGCUGUUCUAACGUCCAUGUUCGUCAAGCGACCAGAGAUCCCUGCUCAGCCGGUAGAAAUGCCAACUCUUCAUCACGUCAUUCAAGACAUCAGCCAUAUUCAGUUUGGUAAUUUCCAGACAGAGCCUUGCUCGACACCUGCGAAUCUCUCCUCUGUUCAGGAUGACCGCCUUGAAUAUGUUUCGUCGGCACACCAGACAUUGGCAUCCCCAUCCAGUCCAACCGGUGGUGUUUCUGGCAUGGAGGGCCUGCCCUUGAGCUCCACAUCACCUAUUCCGAACUUGACCACCCUUGACUCGCCGUUGACCAACGUACAUCAUGGUCAAAUGGGAGCGCUUAGUCAUGUGCGGCCGCCACCUGGACACGCUUCACUUGCUGCGCCCAUUGAUACACAACCGAUUGUAGCAGAAGGACUGGGUGCCGACGGCCAACCUUCGUCUGUUGGUGCCAAUGCGCUAUUGUCUCUAAGCAGCGACUUGCUACCUACCCAAUCAGGCGCCAUAGCCAUUCCCGGUUCCGGAGCACAUUCAUCCUCCGCACAUUCAACACCGGCUGGCUCGCUCGGCACGUCGGGUUUCCUGGACCGCGCCUCGUCGAAUGUAGGCUCAGCACCGGGUGCUGACUCGGGUAUCACUGCCCAUCAGUCACCUCUAAUUGUGGGAACUCCGCCUGCACCAUCGCUGCGCUCUACUCAGUCACCAGCGGUGUCGGUGUCACCAAGCCUGACUGCCCAGGACCCUAGCACCAUUGGUUUUCACUCGGCCUCACCACCAGCACCUAUUGCCAUGCCACCUUCACAGCAACAACAGCAGCAACAACCGCCGUCGGUUCCCCCUCAGCAGCAAGCACAGCAGCCAGCUACCAGCCAGCAGGCCGAACAGAAGUCACAGCCCCAGACGACGUCGGCGGCAACCACUGCCGCAAGCCAGGGCUCAGCACACACUGAAGAACCGCAGCAACCACAGCGCCAGCAGCGACAAACGUCGUCACAGCAAGGCUCUUCUCAGUCGUCCCACCAUCACCAGCAGCAGUCGCACCAGCAAUCUCACCACCAGCAACAUCAUCAGCAGCAGCAACAGCAACACUCGAGUACUCAUAGCCAAACACAUGGACACCAGCACCAGCAAACAUCUGGACAGUCUUCAUCUGGUUCGGCACACCAUGGCCAUGCUGGUGCUCCACCAGGAAUUAGUAAUUUGCCGAUGAGAAUGCCAGGCAUGAAGUCCAUGCCCCCGAACAUGAUGAUGGGACCAACAGCACCAAAUGCUGCUGCCUACAUGCCUAACUUCAUGGGAAUGCCCGUCAUGCCUGGUUAUUCUGGAGAGUUUGAUGCAGCUCAACAGCAGCGUGGUCUGGCAAUGUCUGGUGUGAGAGAUGGAAAUACUAACUUCCAAGGCAACGCGGAUGGCAAGUUUGGACACGAAGGAUCAUCUUCGUCAAGCUCCAUCCUUGGCACCCCCAGCGGUAUGAACUUCAUGGCGGCGCAGCCGCAAGCACAGCAGCUGGGCAUGUACAGCAUGUAUCCGAAUAUGUACAUGGCACCGAUGAUGCCUUUCCCGGCCGCUAUGUACAGCGGUUAUCCUCCUCCGGUACCAAAGGGUAGUCACUUCGGUACUGGCGCGCCGGGCUUCAUGCCUUCUCCAGCUGCUGCUGCGGCUGCAUAUGGACAGGGAUACGAUGAUGUGGACUUCAAGACCUCGCUCUACCAGCCAUCAACUCAAGGCAGCAAAGGUGCAAGCACAUCCGCAUCGUACAACUCAUCGGCCGGUGGUAAUCUUGGUUCGUCCUACAACAAAUCGCAUCCGUAUGAUAAAUCAAACUACCAGGGUAGCUCCAGUGGUCUAUUCCCAGCACCUGGCAACCAGCAGUCGGCCCAGGCAGCGGCAGCCUAUCAGCAGCUGGCCGCGGGACAGGCGGCGUCGCAGCACGCCAUGAUGCCCGGAUUGGCGGCAGCUGCGGCGGUGGCGGCUGCGACCGGCGGUACCCUGCCCGGCAGCCAGUCACUGCACUCGCCGUUCCAUCCCGCCGUGCUCGACGCCAGCAACCCGGCGGCUGCAGCGGCCGCCGCCGCUGCAGCAGUCUCUGUACAGUCCCAGCAACAGCAACAAGGCGGUGGCAGUGGCCGUGGCGCUGGCGGUGCUGCCAUGCCCUCAACGUCGCAGAUGCCAUCGGGCGGUAGCGGCGGUGGCAGCAGCUCCGCUGGUGGUGGCAUGCACAAGCAUCAUUCCCACAACACUUCGGCAGCGCAGGGUGGCGGUGCUGGCAAUGCGGCCAGCAUGAUGAAGAGCCACGCUUACAACCAAGGAAACUGGUAACUACUGCCCUUGCCUCUUAUUGGUGGCGUUAUCAGUUGAUCUACUUUUACCGAUGACUGAUGUCUGUGACGACAGCGGCAACUUGUUGACACUGAUGUUCAAUGCGGAUGAUCAUGUGCCUUUGGGCUGGGCUGGCACUGUCCUACUACCGAGCACACACGUCUGGUCUGAUCUCGACAUGCAGCACAGGGCGUUGCGCACAAACUUUUGAGCCAAGCGAACUGUACCGAUUCUGCACGUAUAUGUUUGUACACUGACACACACACACACACACACACACACACACACACACACACACACACACACACACACACACACACACACACACACACACACACACAUGCACAUAUGCACACACCACAUGCACACUGAUACAAACACGCGCACACACACGUACACACACACACACACUUGCGCAGUCAGGCACUGUCUGGUGUUUGAGCACAGGAAGUGCACCUUUCUUGUCUUAGCCCCACGAACUAUUAUCACUUACUCGUUGUCUCCCAUUAAUCUUCUCUGGCUCUGGACAAGUAGAAAUGUUCUGCCAUGCACCCCUUACCUACCUAGCACCUACAGCCCUUUUACCAUUUCCCCUCCCUUGAAAUGGGAAUGCUGUUUGAGCGAUCCCGCUCUUGCUAAAUCUACUACCUGUAUCAGUAUAAUGUCUGGCAGGUUUUGCUAGCUAACCACUGGUCACAUGUUCUUACUCUUUUCUCCUGUUGUUUUUAGAUACGUAUUUUCUUCUUAUUUUCUACCUUUUUUAACGAAGCACAUGGAUUCAGAUUGAAUUUCAGAAUCUA